AUUAAAAAAAAAACCCUUUCUAAACCACACAUUCGCAUAAGGCCCACGCUAUAACGAAGAACAAAUAAAGCGACCCAGCUGCUGACUUGGCAAAAUAUAAGUGGUUCAAACGGAAAAGAAAUAUCCCAUAAAACCAGCCCCUGCCAACAUAUUAUCCUAUCCACAAUCCACAUCUCCCAUAAUCUAACACUUCUAUUUUUCUCUGGCCACAAUUCUGUUUUGAAAUCUCAUGGAUGAGAUUCAGAGCCCCCAACUUUCUCAUUUCACCGUUUCCUACCCAACAACCAAAACUUUGCAAAAUAUUCAAACAUCUGGGAUUUACCUGCCGAUUUCAGUUCAGAAAAUACCAAGUUCCCCAUUCAAAGAAAGCUUGUUUCCAUCAGUUUCGACGUCUCUCGAACCUCCCGGCCGAUCGAUCGAUCGAUAAUCCAUUUUUGUUUGUUUUGCUUUUCUGUAGAUUUGGAUCCCAAGAUCAGAGGAAGAAGUAAUAUGGUGAGGACAAGAGGAUGAUGGGGACAUCAGUCCUUAACCAUAACCCUCAUUUAUUGCCCUCAAAAGAUCUACCACAGAGUUCAGAGUGCAGUUUGAAGCAGAAGGAGCAGGAAUAUUUGUGCCUUCUGAAGAAAUGCAGGAGCUUAGAAGAAUUCAAACAAGUUCAUGUUCAAAUUCUGAAGUUGAGUAUUUUCUGGGAUUCUUUCUGCUCAAGCAGUCUUUUAGCCACUUGUGCUCUCUCAGAUUGGAGCAGUAUGGACUAUGCCUGCUCCAUUUUCCAGCAAUUGGAUGAACCUACCACAUUUCAUUUCAACACAAUGAUCAGGGGACAUGUUAAUAACAUGAACUUUGAGAAUGCUCUAUAUAUGUAUGAUGAUAUGCUUCAGAGAGAAGUCGAACCAGACAAUUUCACGUACCCGGCGCUUCUCAAGGCUUGCGCCCGGUUAGCAGCAAUGGAGGAAGGAAUGCAGGUUCAUGGUCAUAUAUUAAAGCUUGGUCUCGAAGAAGAUCUCUUCAUACAGAAUAGCUUAAUCAACAUGUAUGGGAAGUGUCGGGAUGUCGAACGGUCUUGUGCUAUUUUUCGGCGUGUAGAGCAAAGAAGUGUGGCUUCUUGGAGUGCCAUAAUUGCAGCUCAUGCUAGUCUUGGAUUGUGGUGGGAAUGUUUGAUGUUAUUUGAGGAUAUGAGUAGUGAAGGAUGUUGGAGGGCUGAGGAAAGCAUAUUAGUCAGUGUACUCUCUGCUUGCACCCAUCUGGGUGCCCUUCAUUUAGGAAGAUGUGCACAUGGCUCCCUGUUGAGGAACAUCACUGAACUAAAUGUUACAGUUAUGACCUCCUUAAUUGAUAUGUAUGUGAAAUGUGGGUCUCUACAGAAAGGAUUGUGUCUCUUCCAAAACAUGACCAAAAAGAAUCAACUAUCCUAUAGUGUCAUAAUCUCAGGGCUUGGCUUACAUGGACAUGGUAGAGAAGCUCUAAAAAUUUUCACAGAAAUGAUUGAAGAAGGCUUAGAUCCUGAUGAUGUUACCUAUGUUGGUGCGCUCAGUGCUUGUAAUCAUUCUGGCCUUGUCAAUGAGGGUCUCCAUCUUUUCGAUAGGAUGAAAUCCGAGCACGGGAUUGAACCAACAAUGCAGCAUUAUGGCUGCAUGGUAGACCUCAUGGGACGAGCUGGUAUGCUUGAGGAGGCGUUUGAGCUUAUCCAAAGUAUGCCUAUAAAACCGAACGAUAUUGUUUGGCGGAGCCUUCUAAGUGCCUGUAAGAUUCACGACAACUUAAAAUUUGGUGAGAUUGCUGCAAAGAACUUAUUCCUAUUGUCUUCACACAAUCCUGGCGAUUACCUAGUUCUGUCUAAUAUGUAUGCAAGAGCUCAAGAAUGGGAGAAUGCAGCUAAGACCAGGACAAAAAUGGUCAACAAUGGCUUGAUCCAAACACCGGGAUUUAGCUUGGUGGAGGUGGAAAGGAAGGUAUACAAAUUUGUUUCACAGGAUAAAUCGAACUGUAAAUCGGGAAAAAUCUACGAGAUGGUUCACCAGAUGGAAUGGCAAUUGAGAUUUGAAGGCUAUAUGCCAAAUACAUCAGAGGUGAUGCUUGAUGUAGAUGAAGAAGAAAAGAGAGAGAGAUUGAAAGGUCAUAGCCAGAAGUUGGCUAUAGCAUUUGCUCUCAUUCAUACAUCACAAGGAUCUGCAAUAAGGAUAAUUAGAAACCUGAGAAUGUGUAAUGACUGUCAUAUAUACACUAAAUUGAUCUCAAUGAUCUACGAAAGAGAAAUUAUUGUAAGAGACCGGAAUCGGUUCCACCAUUUUAAAGAUGGAAAUUGCUCUUGUAGGGAUUACUGGUGAAUCACUGAACUGUUCAGCUAUGAUUUAUGGGAGAAAAAUUUUCCCUUAUAUUUUCAA